AUGCCCGAUGUGAACGGAUUACCCGACACGCAAGCCUCCAACUCGUCGGAUCGAGCUCCCCCGAGAGGAGUCCACCAGGCCCUCGCGCAACCCGCAACGCCUUAUCCCGUGCCUGAAACGAUAAGUCAAAACUCUGAGAAGAAUGGAAUGCAAACUGGAAAUGGAGUUCCAGCUGGGACUGGGGUUGGAAGCAGCGGCCGUGACCGCCGAGAACCUGGGGAGGAUUCGAAGAGUGGCCGUAUGUCGGUAGUACCAGAUAAGGCUUUCGGUCUGGUGUUUGAACACUCUGAAGAAGAUUCGGUCUCCGGCUCUGGCUUAGAGCCUCGUGCGCUUCAUCGUACCUCGCUCAGGAAUGUUUUGCAGGGUUCCGAGGCUACUGCUGCUCUUCAUCGACUGGCUCGGGACCCAUCGCCCGCUAAGAACCAGGAAUCGGACCGCGACCGGGUCCUCAAGCUGUCGCCAGCCAAGAUACAGGAGCUCACAUCUGCUCCCGAGUCGAUACCAUAUCGUGCUGCAUCUCCAGAUUCUGAUCAAGGACGAAGGGUCUCUAAUGGACCGUCGCCGUUGCUCCCGCCGAUCGAGUCGGACUUUCCGGCACUUGCAACUGGUGAAACGCAGCUUCCCUCGGAUGAGACUUCCAAAGCAGUCCCCAUUAGCCAUCUACCCAAUUCUGAGGGGCUAAAUGGCUUGGGUUUGAAAUCGCCUUCCGCUCGAAGUCGUCCGCACGUGGCUCGCGCUGUAUCGACGCCCCAGUCAGUACGGAAACAAACGUUCUCGGGGAGUAAUAGUGAGCGCCUCGCCCAAACGUGGACCUCUCGUCCCAAACAAGACCGUCCAUCUGUCAGCCGUGAAGCCGAACCAAAGGGCUUCCGAAGCCCUUCCACGCCAAUGGCUGAACCGGCUCUGCCAUCUCCGUCGCUACAGAGCAUUCCCUUACCACCACUUUCCAUACCAACUUAUUUGCAACUGGAGCUUGCGUCUGGGCGCCCAUCUCCACUAUAUAUCCACCGAACUGCAAUGAGCGACUUCCCGUAUGAGUCGGCUCGUGUUAAGCUGGAACGUCUCAUGAAUUUUUUAGUGCUGCCUCCUGCAUUAGAGCGAGUCCUAUGGUUUGGCAUCUUGGCGUGCUUGGACGCAUGGCUUUAUUCCUUUACCAUUCUUCCUCUCCGGUUCAUUAAAGCUGUCUAUAUCCUGCUGGAGUCCUGGGCUCUGAACCUCGCCACUGAGGCCCGGUAUUUGGCCGAUUUUAUCGCGAAAGGGAUUGGGCGAGUGUGGCGGCGGCGGAAUCGUGCCCCUUCUGUACAGUCGACAACAGGAAAUCCUUCAACCGAACGAGACACCAAGUCUUCCAGACCGUCGGAGUCACGUAGACGGCACCGUUCGGAUACUCAUCGCCAUCGGAGACAGCGCUCUACUCCUUCGGCUCUACUUCCUGAUGACAAAGCCGACAUUCUCAAAGGUCUGCUGAUGAUUGUUACGUGCACGGUUCUCAUGUACUUUGACGCCAGUCGCAUGUACCAUUGGAUUCGUGGCCAGGCAGCAAUCAAGCUGUACGUUAUUUACAACGUGCUGGAAGUCAGUGAUCGUCUUUUCGCCGCUAUCGGCCAAGAUGUCCUCGAGUGUCUCUUCUCACGCGAGGCUUUGGAGCGUCGUCCGGAUGGCCGCAGCAAAAUCUUUCGGCCUUUUGGGCUCUUUCUCUUAGCCUUAGCCUAUACUGUCAUUCACUCGACUGCUUUGUUCUACCAGGUUAUGACGUUGAACGUGGCCGUCAAUUCGUACUCGAAUGCGUUGAUUACCCUACUCCUAUCCAACCAAUUCGUCGAAAUUAAGUCGUCGGUGUUCAAGAAGUUCGAGAAAGAGAAUUUGUUCCAGCUCACCUGUGCAGAUGUUGUGGAGCGGUUCCAGCUUUGGCUUAUGCUUACCAUUAUUGCAUCGCGAAACAUGGUUGAGACAGGGGCCUUUAAACUCGGUAGCAGUCUACUCAGCACAAGUGUGAGCGGCGUGGCAGCCGUCACAAACAGCACCCCUUCAAUGACUCCUCCGAGGACAUCUACCUCGAUUCUUCCUCAGGCUUUCACCCUCGUACCGUCAUCUCUAAUGGCUUCUUUCAGUCACGUCAACUCAUUCCUACCUGCGCUGGCGCAGGUUCUCGGCCCGUUCCUAGUGGUCCUCGGCUCGGAAAUGUUUGUCGACUGGCUCAAACAUGCAUAUAUCAAUAAAUUCAACAACACAAGGCCCGCGAUUUACGGACGGUUCUUGGAUACUCUCGCCAAAGACUAUUACACCAACGCCUUUGGUGAUCAGAACUUGAUGCGCCGUCUAGGUCUUCCGAUCAUCCCACUCUCCUGUCUUUUCCUCCGUGUCUCCGUGCAGACCUAUCAAAUGUUCCUAGCGGCACUGAUCCCUCACUCUCCAUCCUUGUCACCAUCCUCAUCUGUCGCAGUAGAGGCUACCUCCCUUGCGAAAAUACAUAGCCAUUACGUACCAGCGGGUCCAGUCCCAUCGCCACCGAUCAGGCUUCGAACAAUUAUCCCAAUAACAGCCGCCCAUGCGGAAGCAUGGUUUCGACGAUUCCUGGCAAAUGCAAUUCCGUCGCCUGCGCAAUCAGUCUACAUUUUCACAGUUGUGCUCAUUCUUACCGCAUUUGUCCUGCUUCUGAUUCUCAAGCUCCUUCUUGGUAUGGUGCUUUUGGUCUAUGCACGCUCCCGGUACAAAUCGAUGAAGCAACGAGAGAUGGAGCUUGCAACGCCUCCAUUGACCUCAGCGACUGCCAACGCUCUGGAUGGUACUGCAGCGCCGCGGGCCCGAGACUAUACGGUGGAAGGAAGCCGGCGCGUCGGAGGCUGGGGCACGGUCGAGGUCAACGAGGACCACCGACGAUGGAUCUAUCUUGAUGAUCCGGAGGGUCUGCGCAAACUGAAAGAGAAAGAAGGUCAAAAGGGCAAGACUUCACGCGGAGAAGAUCUGCAUUUAGACCAUGUGCAACGGUACGAGAUGGCAGCGAAGCGCAUCUGGUAG